AUGACUCGCACCGUGGACGAGAUCAAAUACGAGACCCCUUCUUCAUGGGAGCACAAGAGCUUGGACGUUGCCGAGGAUGGCAGGCGACUAGCUCCCCAUUCCGACACAGCUCGUCCGAAAGGCCGGAUACGACGAUCCAUGACUGCCUGUCACACAUGUCGGAAGCUUAAAACAAGAUGUGAUCUAGAUCCGCGCGGUCAUGCGUGCCGUCGCUGUCUAUCUCUCAGAAUCGAUUGCAAGCUGCCAGAAACGACCGAUCGGUUCCAAGACAGUGCUGCGAUCUGGCCAGACGCCACCUCGGCAAUUCCCUCUAUUGAGGAGCGCCUCACCUCCCUAGAACGAUCCAUGAGGGAGAUGACGGGCAUGAUGCGGCAGAUGCUAGAUCACUCCCCAGGUUUCGCAAAUACUUCAAUUCCGCACUUGACAAGAAGUAUCAUGACGGAUGAUACUGCCUCCAUGGAGGGAAGCCCGUCGUCUCCCUUCCUGCCUAAACCCGUUCGCCUCAUUCAGGACCUCCAGUCCGACUUCUUCGGAGAAGCAGAGACUACUUCUCCUGUUGACUCUCCCCUCUCCAGUGACGGUGCCGCCAAGGGCGCUAUCGACUCCAAACUAUCCCUCAAAUUGUUGCAAACGUUUGUCGAUCACUUCGGUGCCUGCGUUUCUAUUUACAAUCUCUCCGAUAUCCACAAUGACAUGAAAGCCCCCGACUCUCUACUGUAUAAUACUGCAUGCCUUCUAGCUUCACGCUAUGUCCCGGGGAUACCAGCGUCUGCUGUGCAUGCUCUAUAUCUUCAAGUGCGACAUGCGGUAGUCAACAUCUUGUGGGAGAAACCUCCCCUGAAGUAUGAGACCCUCCAAGCACUUGCACUUCUCUGUCUCUGGCCAGCAACCGCCCAGAAAGAGCCACCCAUGGACAGCUGGCUGUUGAGUGGCAUCUCAAUCAACCAUGCGAUUAUUGCGCUUGAGUUUAUAAACUAUGCGCCCUCGGAAGUUGUGGUAGACAAUGAAACGGCUGCGCAGCUGCGGCUAUGGAAUACAUAUUGCUUGACACAGCUACAUUUUGCGGUUGGCAAUGCGCGUCCAUUCCAUAUCCAGCAGAGAUACCUUGAUCACUGCCCACGGAUACUGGAACACCCCGCAGCAACCUUGGAGGACGCCAGGGUUGUCGCGGAAAUACAGCUCUAUUUGAUUACAUUGCGGCUCCAGAGCAAUAGCAGUCGCAUGCGGUUGGCGGACCUUGACUAUGAGGAAAUCGAGCGAUGGAAGAGGGAGUGGGCUCACCUUUUCUCUGGUGAAAGUUCCACUUUGGAGCUGAGCCUUUGGUUCUGCCAGACACUCCUUCACCGCACAGCAAUGAGGCUUCAGCCCAGAUCCGACAGGCUCGCAUCUGAGGUUCUGCAAACCUCACGUCUGAUCAUAUCGCGAUUCCUCCAGAUCCGGUACUCUACCGCAUUGAGCCUUGUCGACCAGGUCUACUUCAUUGUCGGCUACGCUGCUCUGAAUUUGUGUGAUUUCAACCUCAUGGACCCGCUCAUCGAGCAGGUGCAGAUGUUCCUGCUGCAUCUCGCGCCCAACGAAGACCACAUCGCAUACCGGUUUUCGUGCAUGGUCGCUGAGUUCAAGCGGCGAUGUAGCAGUGCGGAAUGCAAUGAUCCGUCGUCCACGGUCAAAGGGUCUCCGUUAUCAUCCUACGGCGACAGUCGUAAGAUGAGCAUGGGUCAAGCACCGUUCAUGCCACCGCUCAUGGAUGGCAUGAUCGAGGGGUAUGGCUUCGAGCAACUGAUGCCAGAAGUCAUGCCGAGUUCUUUUCCGGAUGGGAUACUCAACGGCAUGCCUGUGACUGGGCUAGCAGCGUAUCGGUCAGCGACGCUGUAA